CCCAAAGCGUAAUUUCCAAAUUCAGCGGAUAAUUUCCAGUACGCCGUCGUAUACCGUUGCCGUUGUACACCUCUGAAACGGAGAAGUGGUAUUGCAAUAACUACACCAUCAACUUCAAGUAGAAUAUCACAGCUUCUUGUACUCUCACAAUGGAGAUCAAGUUAGAUGUAGUGGAAGAUUCCUCCCUUGUUUUAAUAAAGCAAGGCGCCGAGGCUAGAGUGUUCGAAUCGACUUUUGUUGAUCGAAGGUCCGUCGUUAAGGAACGUUUUUCGAAGAAAUACAGGCAUCCUUCUUUGGACUCAAAACUCACUCUCAAACGUCUCAAUGCGGAAGCUAGGUGCACCUCAAAAGCUAGAAAGCUCGGAGUUUCAACUCCAGUGCUAUACGCUGUCGAUCCUUUGCUGCACAGUUUAACGUUCGAGUUUGUCGAGGGCCCCACUGUAAAAGACGUAUUCCUCGACUUCGGAUCAAAUGGUAUUGUUGAAGAACGGUUAGAUGAUAUUGCAACACAGAUUGGUCUUGCUAUUGGCAAAUUGCACGAUGGUGGCCUUGUCCAUGGUGAUUUGACAACAUCAAACAUGUUGAUACGAAGCGGUACUAAUCAGCUGGUGCUCAUUGAUUUUGGUCUAAGCUUCACAUCGAACCUUCCGGAAGAUAAAGCAGUCGAUCUCUAUGUUCUUGAACGAGCUUUGCUGUCUAUGCACUCUUCAUGCGGAAAUGUGAUGGACAGAAUCCUUGAUGCAUAUAAGAAAUCCUCCAAGCAGCGUUCGGUAACCUUGUACAAGCUUGCUCAAGUUCGGCAAAGAGGGAGAAAGCGCUCUAUGGUUGGGUGAGCCCUUGAACAUCUACAUACCAUCAACAAGGCUAUAACUGUAAAAUCACAGCUCUUUGCAGACACCCAGGAAGUUGGAUAUUUUGCUUGCGAAGGAAGACUAAAUGCGAAAAGUUCAUCCGGACAAAUUAUUUCGAAUUAAUUAUUCGUAUCGAUGUCAAGUGUAACUUCGUUUUCGCUGAAACAUUCCACUUGAUUAUUACUUCUAAAGACCAAAAUGUGUAUGUUUAUUCUCGUUAGUUAAAAGCGGUAAUUCCAUGUUCAAAUUUA